CCUGCUCCUACUGUGUGGCCGGGAUCUGCAUCCGGGUCGCGGCUUGCGGCUGUGCCCAUUGUCUGGGUUGCCGGCCCGGACUCGCCAGCGCGGGGGCCCUGCGCUGAAGAGCCUGAGGGGUGGGAAGGGGACCGGCGCCUCUGCCGCCGCCCGAUCCUGCCCUUCGCUUCCUUGUCCCGCCGCCGGCUUUAUGGAUCGCAGUUCGAAGAGGAGACAAGUGAAGCCUUUGGCAGCUUCACUGCUGGAAGCUUUAGAUUAUGAUAGCUCAGAUGACAGUGAUUUUAAGGUUGGAGAUGCCUCAGAUUCUGAAGGAAGUGGUCGUGGGAGUGAAGAUGCAUCAAAGGACAGUGGUGAAGGUUCCUGUAGUGAAUCAGAAGAAAAUGUCUUGGAGGAAGAAUUGGCAGAAGAAGUGAAAGUAGAGGAAGAACAGCAACCAAACACAACUGCUGCAGAAACGAUGCUUACAACAGAGAAGGAGAUGAUUAAGACUGAAAAAAAAGAACAAGAGGAAGAAGAUGAGAAGCCAAAAAAGAAAAAAGAAAAGGAGAAAGAAAAAGCAACUGAAUCUGAUGCUGCGGCUGCUGAUGAUGAGCAAACAAGUGAACCAAAGAAGUGGAAUUUGCGUAGGAACCGACCUCUGCUGGAUUUUGUAUCAAUGGAAGAACUAAAUGAAAUGGAUGAUUAUGACAGUGAGGAUGACAAUGACUGGCGACCUACUGCUGGGAAGAAGAAGGGAAAAAGUGCACUGCGGAAAGAGGGAAGUGAUGGAGAUAAUGAGGAGGAUGAAGAUGAUGGAAGUGGUAGCGAUGAGGAUGACAAUGAUGAGGAAGGCAAUGAGGAUAACAGCAGCACUGCUAGUGAUGGUGGAUCCAAGAAAAAGAAAAAUAAAGUUCUUAGCAGGAAUAGUGCUGAUGAUGAGGAGCUGACAAAUGAUAGCCUGGCUCUUUCACAAAGCAAGAGUAAUGAGGACUCUCUGAUCCUUGAAAAGUCUCAAAACUGGACCUCCCAGAAAAUGGACCAUAUUCUGAUUUGCUGUGUUUGUCUUGGGGAUAACAGUGAAGAUGCUGAUGAAAUAAUCCAGUGUGACAAUUGUGGAAUAACAGUGCACGAAGUUGACACUCCAAUGAGAUUAAUACAGGAAAAGAGAGGUCACAUCAUUGUUUCAAGCUGUCUGCAGACUUGGAAAGACCUUGCUGCAGUAACUACCUCCAGUUCAUAUUCGAAAGUUUUUUCACAGCCUUGAGAGCAAGGAACUUUUUUUUUUUACAUGAAAGAUUAGCUUCUGUGCAAACCGAAUGUCCCGUAAGUCACACAAAUACAUCAUGAGGACCUCGUUAAACCAGCUAACUACAUGUUUGACACACUGCUUUAAACUUUUGUAUCUGGGUCAACGGCACAAAUAUGGUAAGAAAUAUUUCUGUGGAGAAGACCAAUGGAGCCCUACGUUACUCUAAUUUUUUUAGGUAUGGGGCUCAGGAACAAGCGGACUUUUAGAUAGCCAGGCAAUUGGCUGACUUCACUGAGGCAUUUAUAGGGAUAAACUGGUAGACAGUUUAUUUCUUUACAUCCAUUUUUCUUAAUUUCAUCU